CACAUGUAAACAAUGUAUUUUUAUCUGCAUAAAGCUUGAUAAGACAAGCCUACUUCCAACUCUGUCGUGAAGACUGAAUUUCUUGGCAAUAGCGCAUACGGUAUGUGGUGGUGGCUGCUGGCAGUGGUAGGGAGUCUGGGACUGGUUUUGAAGAUUUAUUUGGAGAUUAUCAAGGGCAAGUGUACCAGCAAAGCUGAUCUCACUGGAAAGACUGCCAUCAUCACUGGUGCCAAUUCUGGUAUAGGUUUUGCAACAGCAGAAGACUUUGCUCGUCGAAAAUGUCGGGUCAUCAUGGCAUGUAGAAAUAUAGAACGAGGUGAAAAGGCAUGUGCAAAAAUCAUCGAGAAAACUGGAAACACCAAUGUUGUAGUCAGGAAAUUAGAUCUUGGAUAUAUGGAAUGUGUGAGAGAGUUUGUAGCAACCAUCCUGAGGGACGAGCCACGUCUUGACAUUCUUAUAAACAAUGCAGCGGUGGCAGGUACAAAAAGACAGAUUACGUCAGAGGCCCUGGAAUAUACCCUUGCAACAAAUCACUUGGGACCGUUCCUGCUGACAAAUUUACUCUUGGGUCUGCUAAAGAAGACGGGCCAUAGUCGCAUUGUGAUGGUAUCCUCUCUUGUCAAUAUUAUUGGAAAGAUUAACUUUGAUGAUAUGACUUGGAUAAGGAAGUUUGACAGUGGGGAACCUUAUUUUGAUACAAAAUUUGCAAAUAUCUUGUUUACAAAAGAAUUGAGUAGGAGACUGGAAGAUUCAGAUGUUGUUAUAAACUGUCUACAUCCGGGAACUAUACGUACUGAACUUCUCCGCAAUGUGCCUCAGCCAUUUAAACUCAUAUGCUACUUCAUUGGGUUGCUUUAUUUUAAGAGUCCAGAUGAAGGAGCUCAAACAACCAUCCACUGUGCAGUGUGUGAUGCAACUAAGGGUGUUUCAGGUCACUAUUUUAUGGACUGUGAGGUGCGUGAUCAUACGUGGUACAUUAAUAAGAAAGCUUACGAUGAGGGACUGGCUAAAAAACUCUGGGAAGUUAGUGAAAAAAUGACUGGAAUGACAUCAUCAUGACAUUACCAUAUUUUGGUAUGAUAUAUGAUAGUUGAAGGUAAUUCCCAAGAUUAUGUAAUCAAUUCAAAGUCCUGGCUCUAGGAUCAUAAUGCAGGUUUAGGCUUAAGUUUUAGUUAGCUAAUCACAUCACUUUUUGUGAAAAUAUGUGACUGCUGAUAUGUUUCAGCCUGCUAGGCAGGCCAUCAUUUCAUUUUUUUCAUUAGAAUAUUAAGAUAUACAAACCUUGUAACUUUAGAAGAUCAACUUUAUGUGAUAAGAUUAAUUUUUUUUUAUAAUAACUGGUCAGAGGCCAGAUACGAUUUGAUUUUUUAAAAAAAAAAUGUACCAAUAUUAGUUUUGGAAAAUUAUUGAAAUGACUUUGAAUCAAACUGCAUGUAGAUUAGUUAUAGUCAUCUACCUGAAGUAGCAGUCAUUAAUGGAUAGCAAUGUAUGUAGUCAGAGUUUCAUACAAGAAAGGCUUAGUUCUGCACUUUGUCAACAAAACAGUCAGGACUUGUGUUACUUUCCAUUGAUGUGAAGACGGGUUCAUUUCAUCUUAAAUCAUACAUGAUAUAUACAGUUCCUUUGUUGUUACAGGAACAAAAUGAUAGCCUAUGGACAGGUGAAAAAAAAUGAAAAAUAAUAUUGAUGGGUAUGUCAACGAAAUAAACCUUCUUUUGAAAUUUGUUUGGUUAUGACUUUAGAAUUGAUUUUAUCCUAAUGUGUGCUUGCGUUUUGUUUGGGUUGUUUGUAUUGAAUAAUCUAGGAUUAAGUCUUGUUUAAUAAUCUGAUUUAUCCAGGAUUAAGCCUUUUUUGAUAAUUUGACUUAUUUUGGAUUUUGUCUUGUUUGAUAUUUUGACUAAUGGAGGAUUGUCUUCCUUGAUAAUCUGACUAAUGUAGGAUUUAGUCUUGUUUGAUAAUUUGACUAAUCUAGGAUUAAGUUUUGUUUGAGAACUUGACUAAUCUAGGAUUGAUUCUUGUUUGAUAAUGCUAGUACAGUUUGUAUUGUAUGAUUAAUUUAUUACCUAUAUUUACAUGACAUUUUUAAUCAAAUUAAUUGUCUGAAAGGUUUUGAUGUGUACAGCUUGUUAGUAUUUCUACUUUUGUUUUCUGUGAUACAGUUUUGGUUGCGGAGUGAUGUUUUCUUUCUGUUUUUUUCGUACGAAAAAGACUUAAGAUAUUAAUUGUGACUUAACCAUUGAACCUGUCUAAUAAUUACUCAAUGAGAGUAAUCCUGGUAUAGUUAGGAACUUAAAAUAGUGAGCAAUACAUCAGGAAAAUACAUUAAAGGAUUUACACAAAAAAAGGAUAUUGAAUUCCAUUUUGAUAUAAUGUGUAUACUGAUACUACCAUGUUCUUAAAUCUACAUUAGUAAAUUUGUGGUACUAUACUAGUAAGUCAGUCUGUGGUACUGUACUACUAAGUAAGUCUGUGGUACUGUACUACUAAGUCAGUCUGUGGUACUGUACUACUAAGUAAGUGUGUGGUAUUUUACUACUAAGUAAGUCUAUGGUACUGUACUACUAAGUCAGUCUGUGGUACUGUACUACUAAGUAAGUGUGUGGUACUGUACUUCUAAGUAAGUGUGUGGUACUGUACUACUAAGUAAGUCUGUGGUACUUUACUGCUCAGUAAGUCUGUGGUAUUUUAAUACUAAGUAAGUCUGUGGUAUUUUACUACUAAGUAAGUCUAUGGUACUGUACUACUAAGCCAGUCUGUGGUACUGUACUACUAAGUAAGUGUGUGGUACUGUACUUCUAAGUAAGACUGUGGUACUGUACUUCUAAGUAAGUCUGUUGUACUGUACUACUUAGUCAGUCUGUGGUUCUAUACUACUAAAGCCAGUCUGUGGUACUGUACUACUAAGUAAGUGUGUGGUACUGUACUACUAAGUAAGACUGUGGUACUGUACUACUAAGUAAGUCUGUAGUACUAUACUAGUAAGUCAGUCUGUGGUACUUUACUGCUCAGUAAGUGUGUGGUACUGUACUAUUAAGUAAGUCUGUGGUACUUUACUGCUAAGUCAGUCUGUGGUACUGUACUACUAAGUAAGUCUAUGGUACUUUUCUACUAAGUCUGUCUUUACACCAAUUCAUAGAUUUUAAAUGUUUAUUUAUUCUGAGAGAGAGUCAUAAGAAAUAAUUUGUUUUUAUUUUUUUGUGUGAAGUUUUAUUGCUCAGGUUGGUUGUGGCAUUUAAUAGAUGUCAUGUACAGCUAACUAGGUCUAAUGCUUCACAAGUAGUGCUGUAAGUGAUUAUUGUGAUAUAAAUUACCAGUAUGUUAUACUUGUGUACCUUGUUAAAAAUUUAUAUCAACUCCUCAUAUAAACACUGCUGGAACAGAUGUAUCACAAGGUGCACACCAGCACAAAAAAUCAAUUAGAAAAAGAGUAAGCCACAACGCUGAAUAAGCAAAUCAAAAUACUUACAAAAUAUUAAAUUUUGAUUUUUAAAUACGAAACAUCUGUACAUGUUUUCACAAAUUUUUAUUACGGCAUUAAACUGAAUCCUUAACUUCACUGGUGUUUAGCGAUGCUUAUACACAAUUUGGUUACAUAAAAAAUUAUAACAAAAAUUGUUUUAUGAUAAAAUUAAAUUGCGAAGGACAUACAAUAUGGAAUGUGUGUUGCUGCUAAUGUGUUUUAAUAUAAAAAAAGCCAUUGUUCGUGUAUAGAAGCUGGAACAGUUUACAAUGAUGCUGAAUUCUGUGGUUUUGCUAUGACCUGAUAUACUUGUUAUGAUAUAUGGAAUUAAUUUCAUAUCAACAUGAUGACUUGAAAAUAUUGACAUUAAAAAAGAAUAUAUACA